AUGAGAUCAUGCUUACGUAAGGUAGAAAUAGCAACUUUUCAUAGUGAAAAUAGACUUUUCCAAAUAUGUUUUGGAAAAUAUUUUGAAUAUGAAGUAUUUUUUACUAAAACGGCUACAGAUGCUGCAAAUUUAUUUCAUAAAAAACAUACAUCUAAAAAAAAAACUAAAAUAUCAGGUGUAUAUUUAUUUGGCCUUCAUCUUAAAAUAUUAAAUAAAGCUAUUAAUGUUAGAAAAUUAAUAUUAACCAAAUUUAAUAAGAAAGUUUCAAAACUAUAUAAUUCUAAUGAUAUACCGAUAUUGGAAAAUCUAAGUUAUUCAGUUAAAAAGCAUAUUGGUACUUAUGAAAUCAAUUAUAAUGACAAUGAUAAGGUUAAAAAAAAGCAAAAAACUGAGUUGAUAGCUAAAACAUUUGAUGAACAAAAUAUUUCAAGAAAUUCUUACCGAGAUUUAUAUGCUAUAGGGUCUCAUUUACCAUAUGAAAAAUAUAUAUAUCAAGAAUGCUAA